AUGUUAAACAUUACGUCGGUACAAUCACUGGAGUUCUUUCAAACAAUAUGGACUUUCACGCAGGACUACCUCCCGCCGCUCAAUGCAACAGAACUAUUCUACAAACUACACGAAGGCUUGAGCUCCAUCACGAUCAAUUCAGACUUUAUAGUUCUUUGUAUAAUUUUCCUCAUAUCAUACAUCAUAUGGAUUGUUAGCAAAGCUGUUUUCAGCGUGGUAUGGAAUAUGGUUAAAUUUGCCUUUCGGGUUGCGCUGUUCGUCGGUCUUUACUGGUUAUGGAUGAGCAUCGAUGUUCAACGUGGCAACCAGGAAGUACGCAGCACUGCACAGAAAGUAGUUAGCGGUGUGAAAGGAGUUGUACGCGAAGCGGUUGUAAAAAUUGAACAUGAUGAGCUGUAG